AUGGCGACUCCGCGCCGCUGGCCACGGGUCGCCCCCGGGCCCGCGCUGGGAUGGCUGCUUCUGCUGCUGAGCGCGCUGGCCCCGGGCCGCGCCUCCCCGCGCCUCCUCGACUUCCCGGCCCCGGUCUGCGCGCAGGAGGGGCUGAGCUGCAGAGUUGAGAAGAGCACUUGCCUGGAUGACAGCUGGAUCCACCCUCGAAACCUGACCCCGUCCUCCCCAAAAAACAUCUAUACCAAUCUGAGCAUUUCCUCUACCCGGCAUGGAGAAUUAGUCCCUGUGUUGCAUGUUGAGUGGACCCUGCAGACAGAUGCCAGCAUCCUGUACCUCGAGGGUGCAGAGCUGUCCAUCCUGCAGCUGAGCACCAAUGAGCAGCUGUGUGUCAAGUUCCAGUUUCUGUCCAAGCUGCAGCAUCAUCGGAAGCGGUGGCGGUUUUCCUUCAGCCAUUUUGUGGUAGAUCCUGGCCAGGAGUAUGAAGUGACUGUUCACCACCUGCCCAAGCCCAAUCCCUAUGGGGACCCAAACCACAAGUCUAAGAUCAUCCUUGUGCCUGACUGUGAGGACACCAAGAUGAAGGUGACUACAUCAUGUGUGAGCUCAGGCAGCCUUUGGGAUCCUAACAUCACUGUGCAGACCUUGGACACACAGCAUCUGCAAGUGGACUUCACCCUGUGGAAUGAAUCCACCCCCUACCAGAUCCUGCUGGAAAGUUUUCCGGGCUCAGAGAACCAAAGAUGCUUUGAUAAAACGAAACACAAAUCUGCGCCCAGACAAGAGGAAUUCCACCAGCGAGCCAAUGUCACAUUCCCUGUAAGCAAGUCUACCUGGUGCUGCCGCCACCGCAUUCAGGUCCAGCCUUUCUUCAACAGCUGCCUAAAUGACUGCUUGAGACAUGCUGUGACUGUGCCCUGCCCAGUAAUCUCAGAGGUCCCAGUUCCCAUGCCAGUUACAGACUACAUUCCCCUCUGGGUAUAUGGCCUCAUCACACUCAUCGCCAUUCUGCUGGUGGGCUCUGUCAUCCUGCUGGUCAUCUGCAUGACCUGGAGGCUUGCUGGAGCUGCUGAUCAAGAGAAACAUGGUGAAGACUCCAAAAUCAAUGGUGUCUUGCCGAGAGCAGACCUGACUCCCCCUCCCCUGAAGCCCAGGAAGGUCUGGGUCGUCUACUCAGCCGACCACCCCCUCUAUGUGGAGGUGGUCCUAAAGUUCACCCAGUUCCUGAUCACUGCCUGUGGCACUGAAGUAGCCCUUGACCUCCUGGAAGAGCAAGUUAUCUCUGAGGUGGGGGUCAUGACCUGGGUGAGCCGACAGAAGCAGGAAAUGGUGGAGAACAAUUCCAAAAUCAUCAUCCUGUGUUCCCGAGGCACCCAAGCAAAGUGGAAAGCCAUCUUGGGUUGGGCUGAGCCUGCUGUCCAGCUACGGUGUGACCACUGGAAGCCUGCUGGGGACCUCUUCACAGCAGCCAUGAACAUGAUCCUUCCAGACUUCAAGAGGCCAGCCUGCUUCGGCACCUACAUUGUUUGCUACUUCAGUGGCAUCUGUAAUGAGAGGGAUGUCCCCGACCUCUUCAACAUCACCUCCAGGUACCCACUUAUGGACAAAUUUGAGGAGGUUUACUUCCGGAUCCAGGACCUGGAGAUGUUUGAACCUGGACGGAUGCACCAUGUCAAAGAGCUCACAGGGGAAAAUUACCUGCAGAGCCCUAGUGGCCGGCAGCUCAGGGAGGCUGUGGUUAGGUUCCAGGAGUGGCAAACCCGGUACCCCGAUUGGUUUGAGCGUGAGAACCUCUGCUUAGCAGAUGAUCAAGAUCUCCCAUCCCUGGAUGAAGAAGUGUUUGAAGACCCACUGCUGCCGCCAGGGGGAAGAAUUGUCAAACAGCAGCCCCUGGUGCGGGAGCUCACUUCUGAAGGCUGCCUUGUGGUAGAUGUCUGUGUCAGUGAGGAAGAAAGUGGAGUAGCAAAGCUGGAUCCUCAGCUAUGGCCACAGGGAGAGCUAAUGGCUCAGACCUUGCAAACCAUGGUGCUACCAGAAGAACAGGUCCCUGCAGCUCAUGUGGUAGAACCUGUCCUUCUUCCAGAUGGCAGUGGGGCAGCUACCCAGCUGACCAUUGCAGAGGACAGUGAGGCUUGCCCACUGCUGGGGGUCCAGAGGAAGAGCAUCCUUUGCCUCCCCAUGGACUCAGGUGACUUGCCUCUCUGUAGCACUCCAAUGAUGUCACCUGACCAAGGCGAUGCAAGAGAGCAGCUAGAAAGCCUGAUGCUCUCGGUGCUGCAGCAGAGUCUGAGCGGACAGGCCCAGGAGAGCUGGCCGAGGCCCAAGGUGGUCCUCAAGGACUGCACGCCCUCUGAGGAGGAGCAGCGGCAGUCGGUGCAAUCAGACCAGGGCUACAUCUCCAGAAGCUCCCCACAGCCUCCUGACUGGCUCACAGAGGAGGAAGAGCUAGAACAGGGUGAGUCAGUUGAGUCUCUCUCUCCUGAGGAACUACAGAGCCUGAGGAGCCUCCAGAGGCAGCUGUUUUUCUGGGAGCUUGAGAAGAACCCUGGCUGGGACAGCUUGGAGCCACGGAGACCAGCCACAGAAGAGCAGGCUCCCUCCUAGGCCUGAUCCUGCUACUUAAGAGGAUGUAUAUUGUACUGUGUGUGUAUGUGUGUGGGAAGUGCCCAGCCUGGAGAUGUGGACACCCAAGUCUGACAUAGUGUUGUAUACCUGAAGUCCUAGCACUUGGGGACUGAGACUUGAUGAUCUCUUGAACCCAGGGGUUCAGGAAACAUAGCAAGACCUCAGAGAAAUAAAUGCAGACAUCUUGGUUCUAAUCCCUAAAUACCCCCCUUUACCUGAUAUGAACAUCUAUCUGGUCAUCAUUGCACAAGAAUCCACAGCCUGUUCCCAGAGCUCACAGCCAAGUGUGUCACCCAUUCCUUGAACAUUUAUUCUGUACCUACUAUUCAUCAGGCAUUUGGAAUUCAAAAACAAGUUACAUGACACAGCCUUGGCCACUAAGAAGCUUAAAAUUCAGUAGGGAUGUAAAAGUAGCCAGGAUUCUCCCCUGGCUGCAGAAGAACCCCCAAGAGCCUGGGGAUAGGGUCUGGGCAAGAGGGGAGCUGCUUUCCUGGGAGGGGAGCAGACUGCAGAUUGAGUAUUAGGAAGGCGCCAGAGCUCAGGGUAGAGAGAGCUUUGUGGGGCUGGGGUGGGAACAGCUGGGGACUCCUUUCUUAAGUGGAUCUGUUGCUCUGUGGGAGAAGAAACUGUGUGCCAAAUAUACCCAGAAGUCUUCUCAGAACAGUUUUUUAGAAAGAGUCUGUAUAGAAAUGGGUAAUGCAAAACUUGAGAAGCAGGAAGAGGCGUGUGAAAUCCUGUGCUCACGUGCUGGCUGCCAGGCCGUGGGAGGGCUUCGGCAUGUGAUUCUUCAUGGGCUGCAGCCGCAAGAUCCCAGCAGGCUGGAAGUCUAAGAUCUCUCAGCUCUACCUCGGGGUACAGUGAUGGAGCUAAGACAGAUGUGAGGGUAGUGGGAGUGGGGGCCCUCCAAGGUCAGAGGAAAGUAUGUCACUGUAUAAUUACUUAUGAGGAGAGGUUGUUUAAAGUAGCUCCUGGGGCGCCCUCUUGGGGCAAACAGCAGCCUUGCAGCUUAGGUUCUAGAGAAUGCACAGGUCUGCACGCCCUGGCUACCCACUGCCAAUUGUCUAGACCUCAGUGAGAAAAGGACCAUGGAAUGCUGUGGGAAGAGCGAAUUCAGUGGUUGUGUGUGCAUAUAUGUGUGUGCGGACGGCAAUGAAGACUUAAUAAAGUUGCUGUGUUGGUAGGA